AUGGCAUCAAAUAAUUCAGGUGUUUGUAAUGGAAGAGGUCAUUGUAUUGAUUACAAUCAUUGUUCCUGCAAUUAUGGAUACUCAGGAAUUGGCUGUGAACUGUAUUCUUGUUACGGAAUUUCUGCAAAUAGCUCACGAGUUUGUUCGGGAAGAGGAACUUGUAGUUUAUCGGAUAGUUGUAUUUGUCAAAAUCACUACACUUUCCAACAAGACUGUUCAGUUACAACUUGUAAUGGAGAGUUCAGUAACUCUUCGAAUGUUUGUAGCUCACAUGGACAAUGUAUUUCUUACAAUCAUUGCAAUUGUUCUGAAAAUUAUUAUGGAAAUAAUUGUGAAAUGUUCAAAUGCUUUAAUAUUCCAGCCAAUGACUCAUCAGUUUGUUUUGGAAAAGGAAAUUGUUCGGAUUACAAUACUUGUAAUUGUGAAUUGAAUUAUUAUGGACUUGAUUGUUCAGAAAAAAUUUGUAAUGGUACAUUGAGUAGUAAUUCAUCUGUUUGUAGUUCAAGAGGUUCCUGUGUUGCAUUUGAUUUGUGUAAUUGCACUGAAAAUUACUUUGGUGAUUGGUGCGAAUUGACUACCUGUUUUAAUACAUCAUCUGAAGAUGCAAGUGUUUGUUCUGGUAAGGGAGUUUGUGUUAAUUUUGAUACAUGUACAUGUCAAUCAGAUGCUUAUGGAUCUAAUUGUUCAGAAUAUGGUUGUUUCGGAGUGAUGAAUUCAGAGCCAAAUGUUUGUAGCUCAAGAGGAGCUUGUUUGAAUACUGACAGAUGUAAUUGUUCAGAUAAUUACUUUGGAAAUUACUGUCAAUUAACAACAUGCUUUGGAAUUACAUCCAACGAAAGCAUUGUGUGUAGUGGAAUGGGAGAUUGUAUUGAUUUUGAUAUGUGUCAAUGCCAAACUGGUUUUUAUGGAGACGUAUGUGAAUCUCACUCUUGUUUUGGAAUACUUUAUAAUAAUGAAACAGUUUGCUCUAGUAACGGAAAUUGUACUCAACUGAACCAUUGUGAAUGUAACUCUAAUUUUACUGGAAUUCAAUGUGAAACUCUCAUUGUAAUUCCUGAUCCUGUUGUAAACAUUACAAUGAAUGAAACAAUCGUAACAAACACCAUGAACGAAACUUCAACUUUAAACAUCACCCUUCCAUUGAAUGAAACAAUAGAAAGUAACGUGACCAUUAUCUUGAACGAAACCUUGAAUGCAACCUUGAACGAAACUGUGGUUGAUAAUUCUACCUUUUUAAACGAAACCCUUGAAUCAAACAAUACCUCUUUGAUUGAAAAUACUACAAGAUUGAACGAAACAGUGAAUGCUACAUUAACUACCAAUGAAACAAUUAAUGCUAAUGUGACUAUUUCGAAUCAAACAUUGAUUGCCAACGAAACAAUUCUAGAUAAUGUGACUAUUACUAAUAACAUAACAACAGUGAUUAGCGAGAACGUAACAUUGAUUGACAAUACUACAGGAUUGAACGAAACAGUGAAUGCUACAUUAACUACCAAUGAAACAAUUAUUGAUAAUGUGACUAUUUCAAAUGAAACAUUGAUUGUCAAUAAGACAAUUAUAGAUAAUGUGACUAUUACUGACAAUAUAACAAUCAUAACAAAUGAAACUAAUAUUGAAAAUAGUCAAACAGUUGUAAACGAAACAAGUGUCAGCACUCCUAAUAUUACUCUGACUAAUGAUACAAUAGUGAAUAACGAAACUACAAUUGCAAACGAGACAUAUCUUAACGAAACUAUGAUUGAUGUAAUUCCAAUAAUUGAAAACGACACUAUUCUUUGUGAAAAGAAGUUGAAUUGUUCCAAUCAUGGUGAUUGCCUUUAUACUGGAAAAUGUAGAUGUUACACUGAUGAUUCGAAUGGUUAUUGGUCAGGAGAAAGUUGUGAUACUUGCUUAUUUGGAUUUUAUGGAGAUUCGUGUAGAUUCAGACCUCCAGUUGCAAUUAUUGCGGCUACUGAAGAAGUUUAUAGCUCUUGUGAUGACAUUUUGAUUGAUGGAAGGUCAAGUUAUUCAUUUGAUGGAACUGAUUUGAAUUUCUAUUGGAAAUUGAUUGAUUCAGAUACUUUACAAGAAGUUUCUUCAAAUCAUUCAAAUGUUGCAUUAUUAAGAUUGAAAGGAAAUAUUCCACAUGGUAAUUAUUUCAUAUCUCUCCAAGUAGAAAGUACCACUUUGAAUCAAAAUAGCUCCCUAGUUUAUUCCAACAUCUUUAAAAAGUCAAAAGUUCCAAUUCCUGUUGUAAAUUUGAUCGAUAACACCAUUGAAAAGUUUACAAAUCAAUUCCCUCUAACAGCCAAGAAGACACUUACAGAAUCUGCAUGUGCUUAUGAAAAAUCCAUCAUAGAAUGGUCUCAAAUAAGUGGCCCACCAAUCAAUUAUCAAGUUGACCAAUAUUUCAAUCUUUACAUUCCAUCUAUGCUCAAUUACGGCAAGAACUCAUUCACAUUCCAAGUAACUGCCUAUUAUCCAUCUUCUCCUAAAUUUAACGCUACUCAAACACUUAUUAUCAAGACCAAAUCCACAGAUUUAAGUCUUGAUCUUAUACAAACCACAGCCACAGAAACAUCUACAAAUUUGGUUGUAAAAUUUGUUGAUCUAGAAUUGAAUGGAGAUGAGGAAACUUGGAAAUGGAGUUGUUUGGAUAAUAACAAUACGAAAUUGAUGCUUUUCCUUAGUGAUAUUUCUCAAAGAAAAGUUGAUGAUAUAACUUUUGAUUCUUCUAUUUUCGGAAGUGAAAUACCAAACUCUAUUGAAUUAACUCUACAAGUCUCCAAAUCCUAUAACAGAAGUAUUGAAAAAUCAACAAUUAUCUACUUUAAUGCAAUUCCUCCAAUUGUCUCGAUUGUUUAUACUGAACCAAGUACAAGCUUUGUUCUUCCAGGUCAACAACUUUUCUUACAAACAUUUAUUGCCAACAAUCAACAAUCAAAUUUGACAGUUUUCCUUAAUGGACAAGUUAUCGGUGUGUACGAUAAGACAGGUCUGAUAAUAGACACUUCCAAUUUGGAACAAGGUUCACAAAACACAAUCACCAUUCAAUCAUACGAUCCUGCAACUGGAAAGAUCUUUACUACCACCUAUACCUUUAAUGUAGCUUCAAAUCCUAAACCUUGUAAAUGUUCUAUCACUCCAUCUAUUGGUACUGCUUUAGAAACAGACUUUGAUUUUUACUGUGCUAAUUGUAAAACAGAUAUUAUUGAUUAUCAGUAUGGAUUUGUGGAUGACAAGUCAGGUGUUAAGAUUUCAUUAAGAAAGGAAGAAGUAUAUUCAUCCAAGUUACCUGCACCAUAUUAUGGAUCUACAGUCACUUGUUAUUUCGAUAUUAUUGAUACUUCAACCAAUGCCUAUUCGACAGUCUAUGUAAAUGUCACUGUGGAGGCUCCAACAGUUUCAACUAUUGAUCAAUUACAGAAUUUGGUGGAAAUUUGGGAAUCUAGAAGUAAUCAAUAUAUUUUGGAUGGCGAAUUUAGUAAGGGAAUUUAUCAAUCAGCAACAACUUCAAGAACCGACUCGGUUUUAAUGAGAUCAGCUAUUUCAUCAGCAAUUUCAACUCGUGCCUCUAAUAUUGUUUGUGGAAAUGGUGUUGAAAUUUCUGGUAUUUGUAAAUGCUUUGAUGGUUAUGUUGGACAAUACUGUGAAAGAUCUAUCAAAUCCUUCUCAAAUAUUCAGUCAACCAAGAUUCAAGUCUUGCGUCACCUUUCCUUAAUUGGAAACAACACUUAUGAAGAAAGCAUGAAUAGCGAUUAUUUGUCAUUGUUAACAUUUGCAGUUGACUCUAUUCUCAUCAAUUAUCCAUUCCUCAAAUCUGAAACUAUCCACGAAUCUCUCACAACUUUCAACAAUUUCCUGGUCAAAGGUUUAAUUAAUUCCAAUCUCAGACUUUCCUCAGGUGCUGAUCUUUUACUUUCUUCAUGUCUUGAUUCUGCUUACAAGUACAUUAUUGACAAACAAUAUCUCACUGACCAAACAACCAAUUCUAAUAAGUUACUCCGCUCUGUCAAACUUUCUUCCUAUUUACAAGUAAGAAGUGUUCCAGCAGGAAGAGGAAGAAAAACAAUGACUGGACCUUUCUUCUCAAUUGUUUUAGGAAAGAGUUUCUUCCAUGAUUAUGAGACCAAAGUUCAAGAUCCGCAUUCUAUGGUUUCUGUUGAAAUGGAAAACGGAUUCUUUGAUAAUUCUGCUAAAUAUUCGUUGAAUAUUUUAUUGAAACAGUUCAUGUAUGUCUUAACAGUGACAGACGAUAUUUAUUCAUUGAAUAAGAAAUUGGUAGAAACUGAAACAGUUGAUUCGAACACAAAAAAGAGAUCCAAUUUAAUAUCAAAGAUUGUUUCCAUCGAAUAUUUGGAUUCUCCAUCUGCAAUGAAUGAAGAAAAUUUAAUUUAUUCAAUUCCUGUCGAAUAUGCAACAAAUAACGAUAGUACACCUUUAGGAUUUUUAGAAGAACGCACAAUUUCAUUCAGUUAUUCAUGUGGAGAUUUUCUAGAUGGAAAUUCAAAUAUGCAAUCAAAUUGUGAAAUCGUUUCAAUUCAAGAAAAAUCUAUCAAAUGCCGUUGCAAGAGAUUUACUAAUGUUUUUGUAAUCCAAACAGCCACAAUAACUACUCAAUCAUAUGGACAAUAUGUUGCUAUUGGUGGUGCUACAUUUGUCAUUUUACUAUUAAUUUCCAUCAUUACCCUUAUUACCCUUAUUUGUGUAAGAAGAAGGAAACGUAAACAACAAGCAAGAAGAAUGGUCAUGAUGGAAGCUUCCAAAAUCCAAGAUAUUAUUCUUGAAAAUCGUGAAGCAUAUUCUGGAUUGGACAAUUACGAUUAUCCAGAAACACAUUCAUCAGGAAAUCGUUCUGACGAUGAUCCAUUCAUGAUUUACAAACCAAUGAUGAAUGCAAAUGGAAGAAAUACACAUUAUGCACUUCGGACACACUCUUCUGAUAUCGAUCUCUUACAAAUUAAUAAGAUUAAGAGACAUCAAGUAGCUCCAGAAGAUUACUUCCAAGCAGCUCUGGAUAAAGCACACGAAAUGAACGAAACUUCAUCAAGUAGAAGCGGAUCCAAUGAUUCACCACGUAGAUUAUUAGGAGAUUCAACAUCAGAUGUCUAUGCUGGUAGAGUUAGAUCUGGAAGUGCUAUUAGUGUUGGAAUUAUUUGGGAUUUGAAAGAACCAAUUCUUCCAGAAGGUGGACAUUCAUCUGAUAAUGAAAGUUCCCAAGGAUCUGCAGAACAAUGCAACACACCAAAGAAAUUUGAUGAUCACAUGAUUUAA